AUGAGCCAACCCGAGUGGACGGGUGUGCGGGUUCGCAACACCUUUUUCGACUUCUUCUCCCAAAGGGGCCACACUGUUGUGCCCUCGUCGUCCGUCGUACCUCACAAUGACCCGACCCUACUCUUCACAAACGCUGGCAUGAACCAGUUCAAGCCCAUUUUCUUGGGAACCAUUGCGAGCACCGACGACCUAGCCAAAUUGAAGCGCGCCGUCGAUACCCAGAAGUGUAUACGUGCCGGCGGCAAACAUAAUGAUCUCGAUGAUGUUGGAAAAGAUUCAUACCAUCAUACAUUCUUUGAGAUGCUUGGGAACUGGUCGUUUGGCGAUUACUUCAAGAAGGAGGCUAUCGAAUGGUCCUGGGAGCUUCUCACCAAGGUUUUCGGCCUUGACCCUGCGCGUCUCUACGUCACUUACUUUGAAGGCAGCCCGGAAAUGAACCUCGAACCAGAUCUUGAGGCAAAAGAGCUAUGGAGGUCUGUUGGUGUUCCUGAAGACCAUAUUUUACCUGGAAACAUGAAGGACAACUUCUGGGAGAUGGGCGCGACUGGACCCUGUGGCCCUUGCUCCGAAAUCCAUUACGACAAAGUUGGCGGUGGUAGAAAUGCUGCGCAUCUGGUCAACGCUGAUGACCCAAUGGUCGUAGAAGUCUGGAAUAACGUCUUCAUGCAAUUCGAUAGGCAGGAAGACAAAUCACUCAAGCCACUACCCGCCAAACACAUCGAUACAGGUAUGGGAUACGAGCGACUGGUUUCGGCUCUCCAAAACAAGGAUUCAAACUACGCUACCGACAUAUUUACUCCUCUAUUUGCUAGGAUUCAAGAAGUCACUGGUGCCCGGCCGUACACCGACAAGUACGGCAAGGACGACGCCGAUGGCAUCGAUACUGCUUAUCGUGUAGUUGCUGAUCACAUAAGACUCCUUACCUUCGCGAUUUCCGACGGCGCUGCACCAAAUAACGAAGGAAGAGGGUAUGUCGUACGACGUGUUCUCCGCAGAGGUGUUAGAUAUGCUCGAAAGUACUUCAAUGCCGAGAUUGGAUCCUUCUUCUCUAGCAUCCUGCCUGCACUUGUGGAGCAAAUGGGAGCACAAUUUCCAGAAAUUGUCAAAAAACAGCAAGACGUUAAAGAGCUGCUGGAUGAGGAAGAGGAGGCGUUUUCAAGGACAUUGGAUCGUGGAGAGAAGCAAUUCGAAAAAUACGCUGCUGAGGCUUUAAAUAACGGGACAAAGAAGCUGUCCGGCGCCGAUGUGUGGAGAUUAUACGAUACGUUUGGUUUCCCCGAAGAUUUGACCAAACUAAUGGCAGAGGAACGAGGUAUCACGAUGGAUGAGAAAGAGAUCGCCGAGGCACGGGAAAAGGCUCGUGAGGCGAGCAAAGCUGUAAAGGAGUCUUCUCAGACUUUUGCCAAGUUAAACGUACACCAGAUCGCGGAAUUAAAAGACUCCCAGUUGCCCCUCCCUGACGAUGAACCAAAAUUCUCCAAAGGCAACAUCACUGGAAAGGUUCAGUUAAUCUAUACAGGAACCGAAUUUCUCAAGUCGACAAAAGAUCUUCCAGCACAUACACCUUUCGGUUUGCUUCUGGAUCGUACAAAUUUCUAUGCUGAACAAGGCGGACAAGUCGCUGAUUCUGGGCGUAUUCUCAUUGACGAUGUGGCUGAGUUUGAAGUCGAUGACGUGCAACAGUUCGGCGGUUACAUAGUUCACAAUGGCUAUCUGAAAUACGGUGAACUAAAGGCUGGUGAUGAAGUCAUCUGCGAAUAUGACGAACUGAGGAGGCAACCCAUACGGAACAACCACACAGGAACACAUAUUCUGAAUCACUCGUUAAGAGAAGUACUGGGUGAGGAGGUCAACCAGAAGGGCUCUUUAGUGGACCAAGAUAAGCUACGAUUCGAUUUCAGUCACAAGGCCGGCGUCACGAUCCCCGAACUGCAGAAGAUCGAGUCGCUAUCGAAUGAAUAUAUUAGGCAAAACGGACAAAUUUACGCUAAAGAAGUCGAGCUCGAGAAAGCAAAGCAAAUUGCUGGCGUUCGUGCUGUCUUUGGAGAGACGUACCCUAAUCCUGUGAGGGUAGUAUCAGUCGGUAUUGAUGUUGACACACUCCUUGCGACGCCCGAUAACCCCGAAUGGAGAAAGUAUAGCGUGGAAUUCUGUGGGGGUACUCAUGUUGAAAAAACAGGAUUGAUCAAGGACCUGGUCAUCGUUGAGGAGAGUGGCAUCGCCAAGGGCAUCCGCCGCAUUGUAGCUUACACUGGUGAGACUGCUCACCGCGUUCAGCGUGAAGCCGAAGAGUUUUCCAAACGACUCGAUGUUAUUGGUGCUCUACCCUUCGGCCCAGGGAAGGAGGCCGAGGUUAAGCAGGCUACGGUCGAACUUAAUCAACUUGUCAUAUCCACACUGCAGAAGGAAGAACUUAAGACGCGGUUUGCCAAGAUCGUCAAAUCCGUUGUCGAUGAACAAAAGAAGAGGCAGAAGGCCGAGUCCAAGACUGCACUUGACACGGUAACUGGCUACUUCGCCAAGGACGAGAACAAGGACACCAAACAUUUCAUCGCACAUUUGCCGAUUUCUGCCAAUGCAAAGGCGGUUGCGGAUGUUAUGAACCACUUCAAGAGCAAGGAUAAAGAGCGGACGGUCUACGUCUUUGGUGGCAGCCAGGCGGAAGGUGCCGUGGUCCACGGUCUAUAUGUAGGCACCCAUCUCGCAUCUCAAGGUGUCACUGCAUCGGCGUGGGCUGCGGCCGUCACAGACGUCGUCGGUGGUAAGUCUGGCGGUAGGGAGCCGACUCAACAAGGCCAGGGCACGAACCCGGACAAGAUUGAGGAGGCCGUCGCUGUUGCUGAGAAGUGGCUCGCGGAAAAGCUCAAGAUAUAG